AGUUCCAUCCAUGAUCCAUGUGCUCCUUUCGCCAAUGCCAGUAACCAAAUGUGCCUUCCAGCCUUUUCUUUUGCCAAACAGCUGAAGUUUAUAAAAGAGAAGUAAUAAAGACCGUACAAAUAUAAUGCAAAAUUGUUGCGUUUGGGAGAGGAAUGUUUUGAUUGGACAGGUUGUGGAAUUUCAGAUGCUGAAAAAGAAAGAGUGGGAGAGGAUCUCGGAAGCGUAAUUCGGCCGAACACUUUCAUGCCCACCGCCUUCAGUCUGGUUGUCGUGUAGUGUGUGAAUGGAAACUCACUUCCAUGCUCAUGACAAAAGAGCGCAUUAUGUGUUCCGCCUCUGGCCACCCAAUGUGCCGCUGAAUAUAUACUCGCCUUCCUCUUUUCCUCACCCACAGUGCUCAUUUCAAUCUUCACACAUGGCAGAGAAAGUGCUUAGACCAUGGUGAGACUUGAGAGUGUGGAGUGUCAGUGAGAGGAUCAUGAUUCCAUGCAUGCUGGAGAGUGACGCACAAUGCCCUCUUCGUCUCAUUUUAUUGAAGUCUUAACCCGAAGCAGAGAAAGUACUCUGCUUUCUGUUGCUGGUUAACUGAGAUUUUUCAGUAUGCCGCUCUUUCAUUUCUUCAUACUGAAUUCUCUUUAACGCUUCUCUUCACUCUCUAGAGCUGAGCAAUAAGAACAUGGAGCCGCCACGCAGAACUACCACUAAUUUCUUCAAUCUUCUCACAGAGGAGAUCAUUUCGAUUAUCCUCGACCAUCUCCAUGACGACCCACUGGCCAGAAAGUCGUUUUCUCAGGUCUGCAAAUCCUUCUACUCCAUCGAGUCCGGCCACCGGAAGUUCCUCAAACCACGUCUUUUAGAGUUUCUUCCGAAUGCCUUCCGCCGUUACCCGUCCAUAUCACAAGUUGAUUUCUCUCUCUGUCCCCGCGUGGAAGACGACACGCUGAGCUCAAUCUCGCUCGCUUGGAAUUCUUCCUUGCAAUUAAUUAAUCUUUCUGGGUCCAAAUUUUUCACCCAGAAGGGUUUGUCAAAUUUGGCUACAAAUUGCUCGUGCUUGUUGCAGAUUAAUUUGUCGAAUCAGACGGACCUCACGGACUCAUCUCUCGAGGCAAUCGGGGAGGCCAAGAAUUUGGAGAAGUUGUGGUUGACGAGGUGUAAAUCAAUAACGGACAUGGGAAUUGGUUGUCUGGCAGUUAAUUGCAGAAAACUGAAGUCCAUUUGGUUAAGGGGGUGUCUGGGCGUCACCGAUCAUGGGGUGGCUUUAAUUGCUGUAAAAUGUAAGGAGAUUCGUAGUUUGGAUAUCUCUUACUUGCCGAUCACAGAAAAAUGUCUUUCUCCUAUCUUCGAACUUGAAUAUCUUGAGGAUUUAGUUCUGGAGCAUUGCCUUCGCCUUGAUGAUGAUGGCCUUGUAUCCCUUAAACAAAGCUGCCAGUCACUGAAGGUGCUUAACUUGUCAAACUGUCCGAACAUCAGUCAUAUUGGCUUAUCGGCUCUAACAAAGUGUGCUCAAAACUUGGAAAAGAUUAUCCUAUCAUACGGCCUCUCUUUCACUACCGAUCUUGCAAAAUGUCUCAAUGAUUCUCCUAAGCUGCAAUCUGUUAACUUAGAUGGUAGUCUGGUUAGAUGUUCUGGGAUAAUGGCUAUUGGUUAUUGGCAUUCCUCACUCAGAGAACUGAGCUUAAGCAAGUGCAGAUUAGUGACAGAUGAGUGCCUCUCUUUUACUGUGCAAACACACAGAGACCUAAGGAAGCUGGACAUAACAUGUUGUCGCAACAUAACUGAUGCAUCAAUGGACCACAUAACAAGUUCAUGCCCGAUGCUUACUUCCCUUAAAUUGGAGUCUUGUACCCUUGUCUCUAGGGAUGCCUUUUUAUUGAUUGGAAGGUGUCAGUUUCUGAAGGAAAUUGAUGUAACAGAUACUGACAUUGACGAUGAAGGACUUCAGUCAAUUACAAGAUGUUCCAAACUAUCUUUUCUAAGAUUAGGCAUAUGUUUGAAUGUGACUGAUAAAGGACUUGGCUAUAUCGGAAGCCGCUGCUCAAAGCUCACUGCACUUGAUCUAUACAGGUGCUCAGAAGUAACUGAUUUGGGCAUUUCUUCAAUUGCUGAUGGUUGUCCUUCACUUGAGGUGAUUAACAUUGCUUAUAACCCUAACGUGACUGAUAAUUCAUUAUUAUCUUUGUCAAAGUGCUGGAAGCUUAGAAUACUGGAAAUUCGAGGAUGCCCUUGCAUCUCAUCCAGGGGACUCUCAGCCAUUGCUGUUAGAUGUAGGCAACUGACUUUCCUGGACAUCAAAAGGUGCAAUAAUGUUGAUGAUGAAGGGAUGAUUCAACUUGCUCAACACUCCCAAAACCUUAAUCAGAUUAAGUUAUCAUAUUGCUCAGUGACUGAUACGGGGCUCUUAGCUCUCGCUAGCAUGAGCUGCUUAAAUCACAUAUCUAUUUAUCACUUGCACAAGUUAACUUCGAAUGGCCUGGCAGCUUUCCUUAUGACAAGUCAAAGCCUAAUUAAAGUGAAGCUCAACCCAUCCUUUAAGUCAUUACUACCUGAACAAAUUCAAGAAUACAUGGAAGUUCGUGGCUGUGUACUUGUUUGGAGAGAUAGAGAAUCUCAAGCUUCCAGGCGUAUUAACAGGUGGGAAUAAAAUCCGAAAGGAUGGAGCUUGAUGCCGACGGGAGUUUUGAAGCUCCGUGCGGUUAAUAUGGCAUCCUACCACUGAGCGACUGGCAGGAAAUAGUCAGCUACGAUGGUUUUGUGGUUAAAUAGCGUAGUGUUGGCAGUUGGCUACUCGCGUGAUCUAAGAGUUGUGCUGACUCAUGAAUCCACAUGGAUUUGCCUAUUAGCUAGGGUUUCCUGGGAAUAAUUGAUUCCAUCAUAUUCAAGUUGUGAUUUUGUUGUUUGUAUUUUACUCACGUAAUUGAUGAACGACACAACAGAAUGAGCUUACAUGAGGGGGAGGGGGGGGGUUCACUAUUUUCAGCCUUGUGGGGGAGCUCUGAAACCAGAGUUGCUAUCCUUUCUAGGCUGCUUGCCUGUGCUGAGCCAGAAGUUGGGCCCAAUUCGCCAUGACAACAGGUAUUGAGGUUUAAGGUUAUGAUUGUGAGAUGGGGCAAAGCAAAGCGUAACAUGAGCUCCGUCAAACGUUUCCCAUACUGCUGCGCAAGACUGGUCAACACGAACAUGAUAAUAGGCCUCACCUGCAAUUUUUGACUUUGACUGCUUCAAGAGAAUCGUCUCUGGAGAAAGUCAAAGCCUCUCUCCCUUCACUCUCGUCAAUAAACUAAUGAUGAGUGCUGGUGAACCUGCUUUCUUGCGUCAGUCAAGGCCCAACCGAUGCAAAUCUAUAGUGUGCGAGCAUCUCGCUCGCAGCUCAUGUCCAUUGGGCACCUUAAGUAACGAAUUAAUGUGAAUUUUAUAACCCUCAACCUGAUAUUGUAAUUCGCAGUCUUUUCUUUGUUAGUGGCCAAGACCACUGGUACUUUCCACACAAGUUCGGGAUAUUGGCAGCUGAGGGGAGCCGAUUUAAAUGCUACUCGUCUGGUCUUAAAUAUAAAAUCCUUAUACUAGUAUGUAUAAAAGUCUUAUAUUUAGGAGCAGAAGAGUAAUUAAAAACCUUGUUUCAUUGUGUUGUA